UCUAAUUUUUUUUUACAGGAAACAGGAGUUAACUUUCUAAAAUGGGCGUUGUAAAAGACUUUCGAGAGGCUUUUAAAGGCGUUUGCCCGUGUUUACAUGCACGUAACUCCUUCGAGUGGUGUUCUAGAGUGGGAUUAGGGGUUAUUUUCCUCCUCGUUCUGCCGUCACAAACCGUCGGAAUGUUCACAUCACACUGGGUGUACAGUGACAAUUGUUCAGAUGUUAAUUUACUGUAUAAAGAUUGUGGUAAUGCAACAAUUAGUGGUCCAAACGCUUUAGGAUCAUCUGCAUUUGGACUGCAAGUGGCUUCUUAUAUUGUCCUGCUAGGCACCAUACUGGUUUACAUCUGUAUAUUAUGUUGCUUCUACAGAAAUGACGAAAUUGAAAAAGAGAAUCCAAUUGGAAAGUUUUGUUUUCCUUGCUUUAUUCCUAUAGGAUGUCUGGUGUCAGGUGAAUAA